AUGAUACUGGAAACCCUGAAUCUGAUGCAUUACAAUAUCACCAGCGUGGUGCCAGAAGUGAUGCCAACUGCCACCGUGCCCAUACUCCUCCUCAUGUGCUUUCUUUUCCUAAUCUGGAAUUAUGAAGAAACAUCAUCAAUACCAGGGCCUGGUUUCUGUAUGGGAAUUGGUCCCCUCAUUUCACAUGGGAGAUUCCUUUGGAUGGGAGUGGGCAAUGCCUGCAACUAUUACAAUAAGAUGUAUGGAGAAUUUAUGAGAGUCUGGAUCAGUGGAGAGGAAACACUCAUUAUUAGCAAAUCCUCCAGUAUCUUCCAUGUAAUGAAACAUGGGCAAUAUAUCUGUAGAUUUGGAAGCAAGCUUGGGUUACAGUGCAUUGGCAUGCAUGAAAAUGGUAUUAUAUUUAAUAAUAACCCAGCACUCUGGAAAGAAAUUCGACCUUUUUUCACCAAAGCUUUGUCUGGUCCAGGUCUCGUGCGUAUGAUAGCAAUUUGUGUUGAAUCAACGAAAGACCAUCUGGACAGAUUGAAGGAUGUGACUGCUGGACUGGGAAACAUCAAUGUGCUGAAUUUUAUGAGACAGAUCACACUGGACACUUCUAACACACUCUUUCUAGGGAUCCCUUUGGAUGAAAAUGCCAUUGUGCUUAAAAUUCAGAACUACUUUGAUGCUUGGCAAGCACUUUUGCUGAAACCUGACAUCUUCUUUAAGAUUUCUUGGCUGUACAAGAAAUAUGAAAAGUCAGCGAAGGAUUUGAAAGAAGCAAUUGAAGUCUUAAUAGAACAGAAACGACAGAGACUUUCCACUGUUGAAAAAUUGGAAGAGCACAUGGACUUUGCAUCACAACUGAUUUUUGCACAGAGCCGUGGAGAUCUGACUGGUGAGAAUGUGAACCAGUGUGUGUUGGAGAUGAUGAUAGCUGCACCUGACACACUGUCUGUGACUCUCUUCUUCAUGCUAGUACUGAUUGCAGAGCACCCUAAAGUGGAAGAUGAUAUGAUGAAGGAAAUCCAAGCUGUUAUAGGUGACAGAGAUGUACAGAGCAAUGACAUGUCGAACUUAAAGGUUGUGGAGAAUUUUAUUAAUGAGAGUAUGAGAUACCAGCCAGUUGUGGAUUUGGUCAUGCGCAAGGCUUUACAAGAUGAUGUAAUUGAUGGCUAUCCUGUGAAAAGGGGGACAAACAUCAUUCUGAAUAUCGGACGUAUGCAUAAGCUUGAAUUCUUCCCGAAGCCUAAUGAGUUUUCUCUUGAAAAUUUUGAGAAGAAUGUUCCUUCUCGCUACUUUCAGCCAUUUGGAUUUGGCCCUCGUGGCUGUGUUGGAAAGUUUAUUGCCAUGGUAAUGAUGAAGGCAAUCCUGGUGACUCUUCUGAGACGGUAUACAGUACAGACACCAAAAGGAAGAGGCCUUAAGAACAUCCAGAAAAGCAAUGACUUAUCCAUGCACCCGAAUGAAAGACAGCCCUUCUUGGAGAUGUUUUUCAUGCCAAGAAGAAACAUAGACAAGUGUCAGGAUGACUAA